AUGCUCGUUACGCAUCACCAGCGCCGAAAGCCAUGUCCGGAUAACGACGGUCGAGGAAUGGGAGACGAUUGGAGGACGUGGAGAAAUGAAACGGCCAGGAUUCGCAAGUCCCAGGCACGCGACCCGCGUACCUCCACAGCCGUGCUAACAAACACCUUAUCUCUUCUCAACAACACUCUUUCCGUCACAUUUUACCGAACUCCGGCUCUAUUGCGCCCUGAUGUGAGCAGCGCUGCUGCCGACAAUGUCGAGCAUGCGCUCCGCCUGACGAGCGUGUGGGAGGCGUUGGCUAGCGGCAACGCGCAGCUCGAUCUGCUCCUCGAAUGGAUCGCCGCGAGCACGCCCCCGCCCAAUGUGCCAGUCUCGAGUCUGAGUAGCGACACGGUGCACGCCCUCACGUGCCUGCGCUCGCUCGCCGACACGCUUCGCCUCGUGUUGCGCGAGAAGAAUAGCGACGAGCUCCUGCAGGACACGCUCCGGUUGCUCUGGGCUGAGAGCCAGGGAUCUGCAAGCGAAGAGGAGUGGGAGUGGGACUCGGAUGACCCAGAUGGCGAGGACCUGGACGCCGCCAUCACCGGCACGGCAUGGGCGUGGGGCCACCCCGAUGGCGAGCUCGCCUCCGCCGGACUGCACCUGCGCCGGCUCGCAACCAUCUUUGCGACGACGCCAGAAGUGCGCGAGGCGAUAACUGGGCUCAUCGGCGUUGCGCGCGACAUGCUCCCGUCGGAGCUGCGACCCCCCCUUCCAGCUCCGAGCCCUGCGCUGGAUAAUCCACCGCCAGAACCGUACCACGUACCCGGAAGCUGGGGCCGAAGCUGGAGCGGCAGCCAGUCUGGGUCCGAGUUCGACGAAUUCGAGGACGCGCGCUCCGAAGUGUCGCUCGACGAGGCAUCGUCAGCGUUCCUCGCGCUCGUGCAGCGGGCAGUUGCGAGCCUACAGGCGCAGCCGGGGUAUACCUCGAGCAUGGCGUGGCUGCUCUCGCUGCUGGAGGCGUACGAUGCGGAGCUCGUCGGAGUUGUUCAGGGGACGCCAGCGGCGACACCGACGCGCCGCAUCUUGCGCAACUUUGCCCUGUUCAGCGAUCGCUUCGCCUCUGGCCCAGCUACGCCGCUGCAGAGCGCGCUGAUUGGACUUUACGCCGACGCGGGGCGUAGCCUCGGCCUCCGCCUACUCUGGCACGAGAUUGAUGCGUACAUCCGCGCCGUUCUGCUCGAGCCGGGUUACGUUGAAACUGGCGUGUGCGUCGAGAGAGGCCGGGAGCUAUAUAUUCGAGCUCGUCAGUGGCUCGACGACGCCCUCUACCGCAUGCACUGGGCCGAGCUCGUGCGCGGCGUCAGCGGACUGCUCGGCUGGUCGGAGCCAGACCAAGAGGACACUCUGACAGUGCGCUUGAAGCAGAGCUGCAAAGACCUCGUUGCCAGCCUUGCCCUCGACGCUCGUGGUCUCAUCGCAUGGAAGCCAAAGCUGUGGGCUGACCUUGCCAACAUGGCCAUGCCGCACCUCCGCAACCUCGGGGCGCUCUGCAUCCCGCGCGUCGAGUUCGUCUCGCCGAACAUCGAGGUUGUCCUCGAGAACGUGGCUCUGGAUUGGGACGACGUGUUGCCCUCCGUGCUCACGUGGGAGAUGUACGACGCUGUGCGGUACUCGAUCUAUGGACCCGACGAGUUCACGAAGACACGCGUCCGCUUGAACGUCAGCGAGGUUCACGCCGAUGUCCGCGACGCCCUCGGCUGCAUCUGGUUCAAAGGGCUGGGGCUAAGCGACACAGGACUCGUCGACAUUCUGCUCGCAAAGCGAGGGUUAUCGGUCGAGGUCGAUCUCGAUAUCAACCUGCGUCCUGGGGCAGAGCACGUCAUUCGCCCCCUCCACACCAAGGUUACGAUCAACGGACUGUCGAUGCGCGUGGGCGAGUCCUCCCUGGGAAUCGACUGGCUGUACCGCGUCUUGCUCCCCACGGCCGCAGUGCCGUGGUUAAGGCGCACGCUCGAGGAGAAGUGGACCGAGCUGCUGCGCGAGGCGCUGCUACGGCUCAACGACGAGCUCGUCAUCCUCCGCGACCGCCUCGGCGAGAGUGUAGACUUGAGCCGCCUCCUUCAGGUGCUCACAGAGCGCUGGCGCGAGGUUCAAGACGAGUCGCCUCCGGUGAAGCCGGCCGUCUUCAAGAUGUCUGCGCGGCUGGAAGACGCCGUCGUUGACACGACGCGAUCAGUAGACGACAGCUGGGUGUAUCGCCGCUUCCGUGCCGAGCAGGCCGCGCGCACGCAGGUCCGUGCUGAUGCCCGCGUGCAGCUGGUGCCAUGUGCUGCCGUGGGCCUGUUUGCAAGCGAACGCAAAGCCUGGGCGUCCCCGCUCUUCUCAUAG